CUCCCCCCCGCCCCCCCAGGCCCUGCUCCCGCUGGAGCCGUCCUGGGCUCUGCCCUCCCCGCUGCGGAGCUGCAGCCUCCAGGCUACAGAAUAACGUGGAUGUUUCGCUCCAGAUCAUCUCCUCCUCCCAGGGAGAAGGAAAUGGCGUCAGUAGAGCUGGCUCAGAGACUGGUGACCUUCGAGGAGGUGGCUGUGCAUUUCACCAGAGAAGAGGGUGUUCUGUUGGACCCCACUCAGAGAGCCCUCUACAGGGAUGUCAUGCAGGAGAACUAUGAGACGGUGGUCUUGCUGGUAGGGUUUCCAGUUUCCAAACCUGAUGUGAUCUCGCAGCUGGAACGAGGGGAAGAGCCGUGGGUCCCGGACCUCCAGGCCUCUGAGAAAGAAGUGCUCCUGAGAGCUGCCUUCACAGGUGCUGGGAUGGUGAGUGAGAAUGAGGAGGAGAAACUCCAGCAGGAAGAUGCUGUGCAAGUAGAACCACAUGGAACGUUAUCAGGAAGAUCCAAAGGGAAUGUUUCCGGGAGUUGUGCACUCCGAGAAAAAGCAAAAGCCUGUGAGACUCAUCAGAUGCCAAAGGAAAACUUCAGUAGCCACUCAGACCUUAUAACCUGCGACAGAAUAAACUUGGAAGGGAGACGCUACUCAUGCCACGAGUGCGGGAAAAGCUUCAGUUGGAGCUCGCACUAUCUCAUACAUUGGAGAACCCACACAGGGGAGAAGCCCUACAUGUGCUCUGAGUGCGGGAAAAGCUUCGGUCAGCGUUCAAACCUUGUCACACAUGAGAGAAUCCACACAGGAGAGAAGCCCUACAUGUGCUCUGAGUGCGGGAAAAGCUUUAAAAAGAGCUCACACCUUAUCAUACAUGAGAGAGUCCACACAGGAGAGACGCCCUACACAUGCUCUGUGUGUGGGAAAAGCUUCAUUGAUAGUUCAAGCCUCAACUCACAUCAGCGAAUCCACACAGGAGAGACUCCCUACCCGUGCUAUGAGUGUGGGAAAAGCUUUAAUCAGAGCUCUGCCCUGAGUAGACAUCGGAGAAUCCACAUGGGUGAGAAACCUUAUGGAUGCUCCGAGUGCGGGAGAAGCUUUUGUCAGCGUUCUGACCUUAUCACACAUCAGAGAACCCACACAGGAGAGAAGCCCUACAUGUGCUCCGAGUGCGGGAAAAGCUUCAAGGAUCGCUCAAACCUUGUCACACAUGAGAGAAUCCACACAGGAGAGAUGCCCUACAUAUGCUCUGUGUGUGGGAAAAGCUUUAGUCAGCACUCACACCUUAUCUCACAUUAUAGAACCCACACAGGAGAGAAGCCCUACACGUGCUAGAGAUACCAGAACACUCCGAUUCUUGCACAUUCCACACAGAUAACAAGGACAGGGGCAAAAGGGUUGUUCGAACCAACAUGUACAAGGUGAGAGGCGGCACCUUACUGCGUAGAAGGGUUGUACCUCACUACGUACGGGGGCUGCAGCUCAAUAUGUCAGGAGUGAUGUGUAUAAGAAUGCACCCCUGGGGCGGUGUCUUUUUCUGGCCUAGAGGGCAGUGGAGAGUCCCACUGCUGACUGAGCUGGUCCAUUGUCAGGGGGCACAUAUUUGCAGUAUGUCCUGUAGAGUCUGUGGGGAACUAGUACUGUGCUUUGUUUGACAAUAAACCUGGCCACGUGCCUUCAUACCUUA